CCAUGCAAUUCUCGCUCAUACACAACCUGUAAAGCCCCUCGUUCGCCUUCAGGAUCCUCGUCCGUUUUCCCAUCACUUUCCCGGGAAACUUGCACUUUUCCAUUCUCCCUCAUUUUUCCCCAGAUCUGCAUGGUAGGGUCUGUUUUCGCAGCUUAAACGUUGAUUUGUUUCCCGGUCGGAACGGAACAGAUCCGUUUAAGCUGUGAAAUCCUUCUUCUGAGGGUUAGGCGUGAGGAUUCGGACUUGUAGGGUAGAAGUAGGGGGGGUUUCUCUUUUUCGAUAGAUCUCUUACUGCUUCUUUUGAGGGGGUAGCCGGGGCCUCGGCCUCGGCGGGUUUUAAAGCCCCCACCUUCACAAACCAUAUGGAAAAACGAUUCUUUCAAGAAAACCCUAACAACAGUUUUUGACCCAUUUCUUUCCCUUCAUUUUUUGGUUCUCUGUAAUUAACUCUUGAGAUCGUCGCGGAAAGAGAUGCCGGCCAUGGCGUGUUGCGUGGACGCUGCUACAGCUCGAUUCCCUCCCGGCUACGCUGUUGCCACGCCGGCGGCGGGUAGCUCUUUUCUCGCGCCGGUCCCACUUUCCGGCGUUCCUCCAGCAAGCAACAACGUGGAGGCAUCCCAUUGGUCGCCUUCCCUUUCGGCCGAGCUCUACAAUAUCGACGGAUGGGGCGCGCCUUACUUCUCGGUCAACGAGUCUGGGAACUUGUCGGUGCGCCCAUAUGGAGCGGCUACGCUGGCACACCAGGAGAUAGAUUUACUGAAGAUUGUAAAGAAAGUCUCGGAUCCGAAAUUGUUGGGUGGGCUGGGGUUGCAGUUGCCCCUGAUUGUUCGCCUGCCUGACGUGCUCAAGAACCGGCUCCAGUCCCUCCAGUCUGCUUUUGAUCUCGCGGUCCAGUCCCAGGGCUAUGGGGCUCAUUACCAGGGCGUAUAUCCUGUGAAAUGCAAUCAAGACCGGUUCGUUGUCGAGGACAUAGUGAGAUUCGGGUCCCCCUUUCGGUUCGGUUUGGAGGCUGGUUCGAAACCGGAGCUCCUUUUGGCGAUGAGCUGCUUGUGUAAAGGUAAUCCACAGUCACUUCUGAUUUGUAAUGGGUUCAAGGACGCAGAGUACAUUUCCCUCGCUUUGCUUGCAAGAAAUCUCGCCCUGAACACUGUGAUUGUACUUGAGCAAGAAGAGGAACUUGAUUUGGUCAUCGAUUUGAGCAAGAAGCUCUCUGUUCGACCUGUAAUUGGUAUAAGGGCGAAACUGAGGACGAAGCAUUCGGGACAUUUCGGGUCGACAUCGGGUGAGAAAGGGAAAUUCGGGUUGACAACGACUCAGAUUUUGCGCGUGGUGAGGAAGCUUGAGCAGGUGGAUAUGCUUGAUUGCCUGCAAUUGCUGCAUUUCCAUAUUGGCUCUCAGAUCCCUUCCACAGCUUUACUAAGCGAUGGUGUCGGCGAAGCCGCACAGAUCUACUGCGAAUUAGUUCGCCUCGGCGCCCACAUGCAGGUCAUCGAUAUCGGAGGUGGUCUGGGUAUCGAUUACGACGGAUCCAAAUCCAGCGAGUCCGAUAUAUCGGUUGGUUAUAGUCUGGAAGACUAUGCGUCAACUGUAGUUGAAGCUGUUCGGUUGGCAUGCGACCGCAGGUCUGUCAAGCACCCGGUUAUAUGCAGCGAAAGUGGCCGAGCUAUUGUCUCCCAUCACUCGGUUUUGAUCUUUGAAGCUGUUUCAGCCAGUACAUAUGAGUCCCCAGCGGUGUCUCCGUUUGGGUUACAGUAUAUCGUUGAGGGGCUUCCGGACGAAGCUCGUGCCGAUUAUGAGAACUUAUCGGAUGCGGCAAUGAGGGGUGAGUACGAGACUUGUUUGCUCUACGCUGACCAGUUGAAGCAACGCUGUGUCGAUCAGUUCAAGGAUGGGUCUUUGGGGAUGGAGCAACUCGCAGCUGUUGAUGGGUUGUGUGAUUUGGUAUCAAAGGAAAUAGGAGCAGUCGAUCCAGUCCGUACCUACCAUGUGAAUCUAUCUAUUUUCACCUCGAUUCCUGAUUUUUGGGGCAUUGGCCAGAUUUUUCCGAUAGUUCCCAUUCAUCGUCUCGAUCAAAGGCCGUCCGGGAGGGGAAUUCUGUCGGAUUUAACCUGUGACAGCGAUGGUAAGAUUGACAAGUUUAUAGGCGGCGAGUCGAGCUUGCCGCUUCAUGAGCUGGAAGGCGAUGGGCGGUACUAUUUGGGAAUGUUCUUGGGCGGGGCUUAUGAGGAGGCGAUCGGUGGGCUUCACAAUCUGUUCGGCGGACCGAGCGUUGUGCGGGUGUCGCAAAGCGACGGUCCGCAAAGCUUUGCUGUGACACGGGCUGUGCCAGGCCCGUCGUGUGAGGAUGUUCUGCGGGUGAUGCAGCACGAGCCUGAGCUAAUGUUCCAGACACUCAAGCACCGAGCAGAGGAGUGUGUUGAUGGGAACAGCAUUGCUGCGACUGCUUCUCUUGCCGCCUGCGCCCGUUCCUUCCGGAACAUGCCUUAUCUGGUGGUGGGAGCGUCUUCUUGCAGCAUGACUGCUAUCAAUAACAGCGGUUUUUACUAUUGCAACGAGGAUGCCUACAAUGAUCCAGCUGCCGCUGAGGACGAGCAGUGGUCUUAUGGUGUUGCUUGAGAUUUGUGCAGUUGCUUUGGUUGUUUGUGCUUGAGGUCGUCGUCGUUGUCUUUAAUUGUUUUUGUUCAAGUGUUUGUUUCUAUAUUUUUAUUUUUUUUUAUGUUCAUUUUGAUUCCAUGAAGGGCAAAGGACGUAGAAGAAAGUAGUAGAUGGUCGGUCCUUUGCAUGUAGUAAGCAGUGAAGGUGGGGGCUGAGAACCGAAUCCGCCUUUUGUAAAUUCGGGAUCUUAUCCCCUCUAUUUUACUCUCUUUUCAAUUAGACUUUGAUCUGUUCACAACUUUA